AUGGUAAAGUACUACCGCUCAAAGGCAGCCUCAGAAGAAUCAAAGACUGUUUCAGCUGAUCUUGCUGCUGCUAGCAUCCAAACACCAGCAAACCAACAAGCUGCUGAUGUUGCUAAACAUCCAGAGCGAUUAAGCAGCAAAGAACUAUUCUUCCAGAACAUAGAUUAUGCACUUGACCUAUAUCUGAUAUACGUGUUGGCAUAUCGAUUUUCCUGGGGUUCUUGGAACACCAGUUGGGCACAUGCCCCACUAAUGGUCUCUAUGAGGCAUACACAUCCCCUUUUUCCAUGGUUGGAGUUGGAGUCUAGGAAGGGCCUCGUGACUGCAUGUCUCUCUCGUUUCCUCCUCGUUCCUGCAUUCUACUUCACUGCAAAAUAUGGUGAUCAAGGACGGAUGAUCUUUCUCGUUUCCUUCUUGGGACUAACAAAUGGCUACCUCACUGUCUGUGUCCUUACAAUUGUUCCGAGAGGUUACAAGGGGCCAGAGGCAAAUGCAUUGGAUAAUUUGCCUGUGCUAUGCUUACUGGGUGGCAUAUUUUCAGGGGUUGUUCUUGAUUGGCUCUGGCUCAUAGGAAGAAAGAAAGCCUUCUGA